AUGAAUGAGGAUCAAGGCCCAGAUGAUCAUUUUGAUCGCCUCUCAGAUGAGCUUGUCACCCUCAUCUUCAACAAGGUCCUGGACGCCAAGUCCCUCUGCAGGUGCUCUGUGGUCUCCAAGCGAUUCGCUUCCCUUAUUCCCCAAACCGACAAUGUUUCACUCAUAGUUCCUUCUUCAAACAACUCCAAACCCAAGCGUGGUACUUUUUUCAUCGUCUUCCUAAAGUAUCUGGUCGGCAAAUUCAUCACCAAACCGCUUCAGUUCCUGUACCAAACAGUCGUCCCAAAACUGUCGGUGAACUCAGAUGAAGAUGAAACAUACCAGUUUACCACGGAAGUUCUAAGGAAUUUCAUUAACAUUAAGAGGCUGAGUAUUCAACUUCCUUGCCAUGGCGACGAGCUGGGGUCCAAGGGUACUGAUUAUUUCCUUAGGUGGAAAGCUGAGUUUGGGAGAGAACUCGAGAGCUGUGUGGUACUAGGGGCAACAUCUUUCCAUAGAAGUAGCUCAACUCCAAGUUCUCACAAAAAGCACAAGCAACUUCAUGAGCCCAUGUCGGCAACCGACGAGCUGAAGACGAGAGUUGUGUGGAUGAUAUCAAGUUUGAUUGCAGCAUCCACAAGGCACUGGUUGUUGAAACAGAUCAUUGCAGACAUCCCCAUGAAUCCCCAGAGUGUAAUGAUUUCAGAUUCGAGUAAACAAGGAAGGCUGAUCAUGGGAGAAGAACAAUUCAAGGAGCUGAGAAGAAGCAUGAACCCCACAGCACCAGUGGAGAGAACAAUGGUUCCAGCAGUGCGUGUGAAACUGUGGCAUGUGCCCGUCCUAGAGUUGCCAGCUUCUGGGCGUGUGAUGAAUGGGGCAACGCUUAUUGUCAUCAGACCAGCGGAGAGGACGAUGAAAAUGGAGAGUGAGGAUGAAGGUUUGGGAGAUUGUUUUGAGGGGGAAGAGGAAGAAGAGGAUUUGAGGGAAGCUGUGAGAGAGAUGCUGAAGGAGAAGAAGCCUUACAAGAUUGAGAUGGAUUCAUUAUAA